AUGGAUGCAGAUACUGCCGAAGACGAAGAAUUAAAUGCGACGAAACAAAGCCCGCGUGCCUUCGUGUCGAUUUCCGCCGCUGAGGUAUCUGAAGGACCGACCAGUCUCUCGCAGAUUACUCCACCACUAACGCUUUCAUCUGCGGACCAAACGCCAGCCUCCGUCGAGGCCAGACAAGAGGAUUUUCCUGUGGAUGAGAUCUAUCACGAGGCAACAGGCCUCGUAGAUUUUGGCCAAGCGUCGGAUUCUGUGUCCGCAAGCACAAUGGCCAUCAUGAAGGACCUCUUUCUCUUCGACCAUUACAUGGACCACACGUGCCGCGACCUGGAGGUCAUUCCUGACGUGGCGUACGCGAAGCAGGUCGGAAUCCCACAGCUAGCAGCCGAUAAUCAGGGCAUCUUAUAUUCCAUCAUGGCUCUUGGCGCCACAUGUCUAUGUAUAGACAUCUUGUCAGGGGAAGGCUCGUGCGGUCAAGUCGACGACCUAGUUGAGCUCAUCAGCGCCGGUGACCGCUAUCAUAGGAUGGGCAUGCAGGCCGUUCAACGCCAGUUGGCAACGAACCAUCCGAGGGACCUUGCGGAAGCCCACGCGCAUACCAUGCUGCUUUUUCCCUACGCCUUGGCGAGGAGAAGAGUAGCAUAUCUGCUUAACGACGUCGACCCACCCACGCCCAGAUCGGGAGUCGAUACGCACGCAGAACACAUAAGUAGCCUGGAGUGGAUAAUCAUCCUCCGCGGCAUAACAACGACUGGAAGAGCAUGCUGGACAAGUGGAUCCGUCUGUAUCAACGAUGCAGCGUGCUGUGACCGGUCACAAAAGAUACCUCCCUUGGUAUCGUCACAUGUUCUUACAAAGUUGGCUGAGCCGAUGGACCGAUCUUGUGCUUGGAACGGAUUCCAAUGCCGUAUCGCAAGCAAGCACCCACUAUUUCCUGUCAUCUCCUCUACCCGAGUCGUGGCGUUGGAAGCACUUCAGCAAAAGACCGAGAGGGUCAGUCAACUGAUGCGGGACCUUCAUCGAAAGAAUCCUCCGCUUGACCUCGAGAAAUCCAAUGAGCAGCUGAGUCGGAGUCUGUCACUUUCUGCCUGCUUUAUGGCCGUUGAUCUUUUGCUGAACAUGGUCAACGUCAUUUUUAACCCUGGAUCCGAGGUAGAGGAAAGGUGUCCAAACGUCCGGGUCUUUAUUGAACCUUCUUUUGAAGACUCCGCAUUGCCGUGGUUGAAACGAUACUCUAGUGCACCGAUCUACGACCCGGCUCUACCAGCCUGCCGAACGAUUUUCUCGUGGGUGAAUCGUACGCCAGACGAGUACUUCCAGCUUCUGAUGAAGCCUCUGCCGCCUCUAACGGAAUGUGAAGCAGACCGGCGUGGUCAAGCUGCCAUGCCGGACAUUGAUCGCGAAAUUCAGCUCUUGGCAUGGGACAUCUGGGCACAUUGGUUGGUCUUCACGAUCCUUAUCGAAGGGGAAUCGUUCUUCAUGGCAGCGUUCGGUGUUCCAGACAUUGUCAACCUCUUGCCAUGGUUCACCACCUCUAUCGCCGAAUCUCCCGGCAUUAAGUCGGGCUCGCCAGUAGCACAAACCACCGGCUGGUGGCCCGGAAGUAUGUGUGCAGUUGCUCAACAGCUCCGGAAAUACGAGGGGAAGGACUGA